AUGGUGACGGCGUCAUCUGCAGAUCGCCCGCAGGCAGCGCUCAGAGACACUCGCACACAGCUUUUUGUUGGAAACCUUCCAUACCGUGUCCGCUGGCAGGACUUGAAGGACCUCUUUCGAAAAGCUGGGACCGUUCUUCGUGCCGACGUUUCCCUCGGCCCAGACAAUCGAUCUCGGGGUUAUGGUACCGUCCUCCUCGCAACCGCCGAAGACGCUGGGCGUGCGAUUGAUAUGUUCAACGGAUACUGCUGGCAGACUCGUGUACUAGAAGUUCGUCCUGAUCGCCUAGGCUCUUCGCCGGAACCAGACGCCCACCUUCGUUACCCGUUACCGAUCCGCAAGCUGGGAGCCCUGGAAUGCGGUCCUUGUUCAUCGGAAAUGUGCGUCUACGAGCAUGAACAUCUUAUUACAAUCUUCUGUGUCGUCAUAAAACAACUCCCCUUCAUUCACUUACUCCACCAACAGCUUCCCUUCCACAUCCAAUGGCAAGACUUAAAGGACUUGUUUCGCGCAGCAGGCUCCGUAGCACGUGCCGACGUUGCCCUAGGUCCUGAUGGAAGGUCUAGAGGGUUCGGUACCGUUACAUUCAUGACUGAGGACGGCGCAGAGCGUGCAAGACGUCUCUUUGAUGGGUAA